CCGAAAUGUGUAGGGUGCUCUGAAUGGUGUGGUCUGGCCCAUGCUGUAGUGAUUUUGAGCAGCAGUAGGCACUGUGUAGUGCUUUUUGCAGUCCUCAAUGGUUCAAGUCGUCUAUCAUCCUGUAGGUGUCAUAUAUUUCCUCAUACUAGUCACUUUGUCUCAGCUCGUUGCUUUGCUCAAGUCCUCUCAAUCAUCUUACCAAGGUCGGCCUCACUGGAAUCAGCGACACCUGCGGUCCCAUACCCAAUUGCUCAUUCCGCUUGGGCUUCUCUCCUGUUUAUCUUAAGGGCGGUCAGAACGCCAGUCUCGAGACUCAAGCACGAUGACCACCAAUGUCACUUCUCUCACAUUCGGGAAUUCAAUCAA